CCCACGUUUGCGCUGCGGAGAGUCCCGAGCGUCCCGAGCCGUGACCACCCCUGUCCCACGGGAGGGAGCGCAGGGAGGCGGCGCAGACGCGGGCGGAGCGGAGGCGCAAGCGGCAGGCGCGGGAGGCGCGGAGCAGAGCAACCAAGCCGGUCCCGCGCCCGCGGCCACAGCGGCGCUGCUGGGACUCGGGGGCGUCCUCUCCCGCUCCCCCCUGGACCCGGGGACGUGCUCAGCGGACCGGGGGCCACUGGCGACGCAGAGUCCUCCUCCAGGACUCUGUGCAGCGGAUGUUACCCAGAAUCCCACCGCUCACACGCUGCAGGCCAGUGCGUGGACGCCGAAGGCCGGUGCGUGGACGCGGGAUUAAUGGUGCGGUUCUGGGGCUGUGCAGCGAGCAUCGAUUUCCCCAUCAGCCCCGUGUGCGUUUCCUAAGGAGUCGCUGCUUUGUGUUUUCAGAAACUUCAUUAAUUUUGAGCACUGGUGUGUGAAAAUGGCAGGAGGGAACGCCACUCACAAAGCUGUCUGACCAGCCAUUCUCCCUGCGUCCAUUGUCAGGUGCCACUCGCCUCUCCCCAGGACCCAGAGCACAUCCGGGCACUCCCUCAGGUGCUUCCUGAAUAGGUCAACCCCAUUCCCCUCCGUUUUCACCGGAAGGACAGAGGGAACAGAGUCCCGUCCUCUGCGCGUCCUCCUCCCGGAAGAGCAAUGGAGCGGCUGCCCGGUGCCGGCGGAGCCGUCUUCUCUCUCCUGUCCCUCCUCUUGCAUUUCGCCAGCGCCUCUGAGAUCCCGCUCUCAGUUCCACAGGUUCCAACCAUCACAAAACAGUCAAAAGAGCAAGUCGCCUUUCCCUUUGAUGAAUAUUUUCAAAUCGAAUGUGAAGCUAAAGGCAAUCCGGAGCCAAGAUUUACGUGGACAAAAGAUGGCAAGCCCUUUGACCUCUCCGACCCUCGGGUCAUUGCCUCCAACAACUCAGGAACCUUCCGGAUCCCAAAUGAGGGGCAAAUAGCUCACUUCCAGGGGAAGUACCGCUGCCUCGCUUCAAACAAGCUGGGAGUGGCUAUGUCGGAAGAAAUAGAAUUUAUAGUUCCCAAUGUUCCAAAAUUCCCCAAAGAAAAGAUCGAGCCCCUUGAAGUGGAGGAGGGAGACCCCCUGGUCCUGCCCUGCAACCCGCCCACGGGGCUGCCCCCGCUGCACAUCUACUGGAUGAAUAUCGAACUGGAGCACAUCCAGCAAGAUGAGAGGGUGUACAUGAGCCAGGAGGGGGACCUGUACUUUGCGAACGUGGAGGAACACGACAGCCGGAACGACUACUGCUGCUUCGCCGCCUUCCCCAGGCUGAGGACCAUUGUGCAGAAGAUGCCGAUGAAGCUGACAGUCAACAGUUUAAAGCAUGCUAAUGACUCGGGUUCACCCACAGAGACCGGCUCCCGGGCGAAUUCCAUCAAGCAGAGAAAGCCCAGCCUGCUGCUGCCUCCGGCGGCGAGGGGCCCCGAGUCCGCGGUCACUGUCCUCCUGGGGGACACCCUGGUGCUGGAGUGCUUCGCCGAAGGCCUGCCAACACCACAGGUCGGUUGGGAAAAAGUGGGUGGUGAUUUACCAAAAGGAAGAGAAACGAAAGAGAAUUACGGCAAGAUGUUGAAGAUAGAGAACGUCUCCUACGAUGACAAAGGGAAUUACCGCUGCACGGCCACCAACUUCCUGGGCGUGGCCACGCACGACUUCCACGUCACGGUAGAAGAACCAGACAGGAGAAGCCAUUGCUGUGCACACACCAGGACACAGGCUGCAGCCUGGGACUUGGAUCAUCCAGAGAGGAGGCGUUUGAGAGAGCCCCCUCGCUGGACGAAGAAACCCCAGAGUGGCGUGUAUAGCACGGGGAGCAGUGGCAUCCUGCUGUGUGAGGCGGAGGGCGAGCCUGAGCCCGUCAUCCGGUGGCGAGUCAACGGCAUCCCCAUAGAGGAAAAUCCAUUUGCCGGUGACGUUGUCUCCCCCGGGGAGGUCAGCUUCACGGACCUGCAGCCCAACCACACGGCCGUGUACCAGUGCGAGGCCUCCAACGCGCACGGCACCAUCCUGGCCAACGCCAACGUUGACGUGGUCGAUGUCCGUCCGCUGAUAGAAACUGAGGAUGAGGAGAGCUACGCCUCCGUGGCGGGGUCCAGCGCCUUCCUACGCUGCGAGUUCUUCGCCUCGCCUCAGGCCAUGGUGUCCUGGCAGAAGGCGGACGCAGCCAGGCCUCUCGAAGGCCCACGGUACCACGUCCACGCGAACGGGACUCUGCAGAUCCGCAAGGCCACCGUGGAGGAUGCGGGCGCCUACUCCUGCUGGGUGGAGAACGCGCAGGGGAAGACCGCAGUCACGGCCAGUCUGGACAUCCGCAAUGCCACGAAGCUCCAGGUCUCCCCCAGGGACCCCCGCGUCCCCCGGUCACACACACUGGAGCUGCACUGCGAGAGCGAGUGUGACCCGCACCUGAAGCCGAGUCUGAGGUUGACCUGGAGCAAAGGGGGCGCCGCCUUCGAGACCAAUGGCACCGAGGACGGCAGGAUCCUGAUUGACGGAGCCCACCUGACCAUCUCCAACCUCACCCUGGAGGACCAAGGUGUCUACACCUGCUCGGCUCACACAGCUCUCGACAGCACUGCCAACGAGACUCGCGUCACCGUGCUCGAUGUUCCGGAUCCCCCCGAGAACCUUCGCUUGUCGGAACGACAGAACAGGAGCGUGCGGCUGACGUGGGAUGCCGGGGACAGCCAUAACAGCAACAUCAGUGGGUAUGUCGUGGAGUUUGAGGGCAGCAGGGCGGAGCCGGGCCGGUGGGAGACGCUGGCGGCCGUCCCCGGGGAGGAGACCACGGUGCUGCUGACUCUGGCGCCCUACGUGAGGUACCAGUUCAGGGUCAUCGCCGCCAACGAAGUGGGCAGGAGCCGCCCCAGCAGGCCGAGCGAGCACCACGAAACGCCUCCCGCAGCUCCAGACAAGAAUCCACAAAACGUAAGGGUUCAAGCCUCUCAGCCCAAGGAAAUGGUGAUCAAGUGGGAGCCUCUCAAGUCCACGGAGCAGAACGGGCCAGGGCUGGAGUACAGAGUGGCCUGGAAGCCCCUGGGGGCCUCGGGGGAGUGGGAAGAGGAGACGGUCCGAGAGCACAGCCUCCGGGUGAUGACGCCGGCCGUCUACGCCCCCUACGAGGUCCAGGUCCAAGCCCUCAACCACCUGGGCGCCGGCCCCCAGCCCCAGUCCGUGGUGCUCCACUCCGGGGAAGACUACCCCGACGCGGCCCCGGUGAUCCACGGCGUGGACGUGGUGAACAGCACGCUGGCGAAGGUGACCUGGUCCUCGGUGCCGAAGGACAGGGUGCACGGGCGUCUGAAAGGAUACCAGAUAAACUGGUGGAAGACGAAGAGCCUGGCGGACGGGCGAUCGCUCCCCAAAGAGGUGAGCACCCUGCGGUUCCCGGGCCAGAGGAGCUCGGGCAUGCUGCCCGCGCUGGACGCCUUCAGCGAGUUCCACCUGACCGUCCUGGCCUUCAACGCCAAGGGCGCUGGUCCCGAGAGCGAGCCCUACGUCUUCCAGACGCCAGAAGGAGUACCCGAACAGCCAACCUUCCUCAAGGUCAUCAAAGUGGACAAGGACACGGCCACCUUGGCCUGGGGGCCACCCAGGAAGCUGAACGGAAACCUCACUGGCUACCUGCUGCAAUACCAGAUAAUAAACGACACCGAUGAGAUCGGAGAGCUAAAUGACGUCAGCAUCACCGCCCCGUCCAAGCCCAGCUGGCGGCUGUCAAACCUCAACGCCACCACCAAGUACAAAUUCUACGUGAGGGCUUGCACGUCCAGGGGCUGCGGGAAGCCUGUCACGGAGGAAACCGCCACGUUGAGCGAGGGCAGCAGAGGUCUCGGGAAGCUCCCAGAAGGAGUGAACGCCACUGAAAAGGUUCACCCCCCCGAGGUGCCUGAGCCCGGAGCCGAACACGCAGUCCGCCUCCUGCCUAAGAACUGGGUUGGGAACAAUAGCAUUUUUGAAGAUGUGAUUGAGGCCAGAGGGAGAGAGUACGCGGGCUUGUAUGACGACAUCGCCACGCAGGGCUGGUUCAUCGGGCUGAUGGGCGCCAUCGCCGUCCUCACCCUCGUGCUGCUGACCAUCUGCUUCGUGAAGAGGAACCGAGGCGGGAAGUACUCAGUGAAAGACAAGGAGGACCUGCACCCGGACCCGGACGUUCAGUCGGGGAAAGAUGAGACCUUUGGUGACUACAGCGACAGCGACGAGAAGCCCCUGAAGGGAAGCCUUCGGUCCCUCACGCGGGACCUGGCGGCCACGGAGAGCGCCGACAGCCUGGUCCCCUAUGGGGACGGUGACCACGGUCUGUUCAGCGAAGAUGGGUCCUUCAUCGGUGCCUACGCGGGGUCCAAGGAGAAGGGCUCAGUGGAGAGCAACGGCAGCUCCACAGCCACCUUCCCUCUGCGCGCGUGAGUGCCACACGUGGGCGCCACACGUGGAAGCCACGUCCCCCUGCGAGCGUGACCAUUCCUGUGGGAGCCACGCUCCCCCUGCGAGCAUGACCACUGCCUGUGGGAGCCGUCUCCCCCCUGCCCGUGUGGCCACCACGUGUGGGAGCCACGGUCCCCCUGUAAGCGUGACCGCCACGUGUGGGAGGCACACAUGGGAGCCACGUUCCCCCUGCCCGUGUCGCCUCCAAGUGUGUGGGCCAUGUUCCCCCUGCAAGCGUGGCUGCCUCGUGUGGGCAUUAGCGGUUCCCACUGACCUCCUGUCUGUCGGCUCGCGGGUCCAGAGCAUGCACCUGGGACCCAGCACUGCCAGAGGCUCCAGCCAGACUCCCACGCGCUGCGGCCACGUGGAGCAAACAGCACUGCCGUGAAAACUAACAACGCCCUGAGUGCCGCGGGCCUCUUGUUGUUGGUUCGUUUUCUUUACAGGUGCUGAACAUGCAGAACACGGAACAGCCGUGUUUGGUCCACCUCCAGGAAUCCAAAGCGUCCGUCAGUGUGUUCCGUCCCCACCGGCCGCGUUGGCACAGCGUGGCGGCCCCACGGGGGUCUCUGUUUGCACGAGUGUGCUUUUGCAGGGGAGUCUGGGUGAUGCUCCCCUACAGGUUAGAAGGUAGAUGGGGGAGCACACAGGUUAUUUAAGUGUAAAGAGGACAAUGAAUGUCUUAUUAAAACCGUUGUCUGUAUGCAGUCAGAGUUUAUUAUUUAAGUUUAGGAGAAGUCUUAGUACACGGUCCGCUAGCACUUGCUGGGCGCUAUUUGCCCGGAGACAGCCCUGUUUCAACAGCAGCCGAACUGCCUCAGCUGGAACUGCUCAUUCCUAUCGGCUAUGAUCCCGGCACACGUCCUGUUGGUGUUUUUUUCUUGGACUAAAUUCGGCUGCAGGAGAGGCCGCGUCCCAGGCCAUCUUAGGAAAGAUGGCUUGUCGUGGCUCCGUGACAUCCGCACUCCCACGUGACGGCUCCCCCCGCUGCCCUUUCCCUGAUGGCCCGCCGCAUCUGCUCGCGAAUGCGUUGUGCGUGCCGUGUUGAUAUCCACACGGUAGGAGGCGGGGUUGGAGGGGGAGAGAGGACAUGAAGGACGCUGUGCCCACCAUCCCAGGGCCACGCAGGGCCGUGCGGCUCCCACGCAUGGCUCUGUACAAAGCCCCCGGAUUCUGUUCUUCAUGGCUUCCGCCCAGGGUCUUACAGUAACACGUCCUGUAGACGUGGAGGGAAUGUCUUCAUAUUUUUCAACAUAAGUUUUGUUGGGGGGCGUGUGCUCCAACCCCAGCCCCGAGGGAAGCUGUUCACACACGACCCUCCAUCACGGGCUGACCAUGCUUGGGGGCGUGUUCCGUGUUCUCCUGGAGACAUCAGCGCGAGGUGAGGGAAUUCAUUGCCUGGCAGGUGGGCUGCCCAUCCGCCCAAAAUUGUCCAUGAAAACGUGAAGAAAGCAUGUGAAGGCUCGUGCAUGCGCAUCAGCGACCUCCAGUGCUCAGCUCUCCAUGUGCGGAAACAGCUCUUACCCUCCCCACAAAACCCCUGAUUGUGUUUAAGCCAAAUUGGUUCCCAGAUUCUGCCUUUUCGGAGCUGUGGCUGUGGGCAUCCCUUCUAGCGAAUCCCUUGACUUUGGUGUUUGUUGCCUAUAUCUAUCUGUCGUUUUAAACCUCGUGUGUUGUCCAAAAUGCAUGGGCAGGAAAGAAUGUCUUAGUUAAAACAGCGACUUAGGGGUCAGGAUCGGAGCGCGCCCCCCCACCCCCAACUCCCAGCACAAGUUUCCAGCGGGGAGCCUUGGUCCUCGCCCUGCGUGGGGGUGGGGACCCGCACACCCGUGGGGGGCACCCCGAACUCCAUCCGCAUCUGGUUUCUAAGGACCCGCUUUCUGGAGGCAGGAUCCUCAUGUGCUGGCUUCUCCGGGGGAGAUUCUGGUCCCCGGCUCCUGACGAGGCCAAGGUCAUGACUCGGUGGUUUCGUUCCUCGGCGACUUCAGCUCCUGUUCUUGGUCAUCAGGCCUCCAGAAGGCACCGGGAGCACGUUUGUGAUGGAUUCAAUAACCUCCCGUUAGAAGCCCACACAGUGGCCACAUGUUUCCUUGUCCGAAAUCUUAGCGCUCCCUUAGCUGGGGAACAAGGGGGUCCCUUCUGAGUGGCCCAAACCAAGGGGCGUGGGCCGUGCGACUGCCCUCGGCGGCCUUUCUCGAUCUCCCGUGACCUCUUCUCCGCGCCCCUGGCCUCUUCUCCUGGGAACCUCCGCACAGAAGGACCAGAUUUGAGACUGACUUUCUCGCGCCCACGGUCGACGUUCCUUCGAUGUCACAGGUUGUAUGUUCUCGCGAGGACUCUUGGUGGAAUGACCCAGGCUUGGGGAGACCGCAGUAGUCUCCCGGUCCCAGCACCGAAUUUGUACAGAAACCCUAACACAGGCACAUGCUGGACCCCUCUGCUUCAAACGGUCUCAACUCUCAAGUGCUAACGAUGAUCUCAGUUACCUUCUCUUUGUCACAGGGUGUUCUUCUUUAUGAAGAAAAAUUUGAAAAUAAUAAAAGCUAAGAUGCCUUUGAACUUGAUCAGCAAACCCAUACUCUGAUGACGCAUCGAAAAGUCACCCCACGCACACCCACGCAACGCUUUCCUGUGAGCACAUAAAUAUAUUUUUAUAGGAAAACAAACCUACAGGAAAGAAAGUAGAUCCGCUGUUCCGUGAGCAGCACGAUGCGCACACGCCAUCAAAAAAAAUGACCAGUCAGAUGAGAAUGAAGCAGGGUCUUUGCUACGCAGAAGUGACUCAUGAGCUCUGCACGUAUGUUCAUGAGCCGAUGUGAAUUGGGUGGGUUUGUUCUACUUGUGUAAAGGUGUCUGCUAUUUUGGAUUUCCCCAUGUUUGUAAAAAUGAAAAAGCACAAUGGAAUUGUGCGGGAAGCCUCACAUAAUAUUUUUUCCUAUUUUAUACUCAUGGAGGAGAUGAGCUAAAGAGAGAGACGGAUCAUGAGAAAUGUUGUUCGGCUUUUCUAAGCAUUGAAAACACGGCUGCCCGUCGAAACCCUAGCUCUGUUUACCUGCCACUAAGAUAGGGUUCCUGGCACAAGGUGGAGUGGGUCCUAAGGGCCUGGUGUGUACUCUGUGGUAGCUAGACGCCGAGGGCUCCCGCGGGGCAGCGGGCAUGUGGAGGCGAAGCUGACCUCGCUGUGUGUCUUAUACUCUGUGAUGAUGUCAUCAGUAGAGAUAAAAGGUAUGUACACUGGCUUACCAGAUUGCUUUUUUUUUUUAAACUUAGAUUGAUAUUCAUAGCUGAACUUUAUUGAAAUGUGUUUGUGUUGUAGGUGGUGUUUGUACUAUGCCUGUGAAAACGUACGGUUUAAAACUAUUUUCAUUAUACAUGAGAUUCAACUUUCCAAAUAAAAGUUUGGCUUCAUGAACUCUA